AUGGAGCUCCUUCCAGAAGGUCAAAAGAACAGCGUCCAAGUUCUGUAUGAGGACCAACAAAAGAUCAAUGAGUUUUCGAAACUGAUCAUGAGAAAAGAUGCUCUCAACCAAGAGCUUUCAAUUCUCAAACAAGAGAAGGAAUAUUUGGACGACGUAUCGCUUGAGAUCGAAUUGAUUGACGAAGAUGACCAAAUCCAGUACAAGAUAGGUGACGUGUUUGUGUUCAUGAAGCAGAGCGACGUGGUGGAACAACUGGAGAAGGACGCCGAGAAGCUCGAUGCGAAGAUAGAAUCGCUUGAAGAUAACGACUCCGAGAUCGACUCCAGGAUCUCAGAGCUAAAGUCUUCACUGUACGCUAAAUUCGGAGACAACAUCAACCUAGAACGUUAA